UAAGUUGGACAUCCCUUUAUCCCUGGCAAAAACAACACGUGUGUGCGCAAUUUCAAAAUUUGUUGAAUUUUUUACAAUAUUGAUAAAAUUCAGCAAAUAUGCGUAUAGAAACGUGUUACUUUUGCUCCAGCAAAAUUUAUCCUGGACAUGGGAUACAAUUUGUGCGAAACGAUUGCAAAAUUUUCAGAUUUUGCAGAAGUAAAUGUCAUAGAGCAUUCAAACGAAAGAAGAACCCACGUAAAGUACGCUGGACAAAGGCCUACCGAAAGGCAGCUGGUAAGGAGCUUGCCAUCGACCCCAGUUUCGAAUUUGAGAAACGCCGUAAUGUCCCAGUUAAAUACAGUCGCGAGGCCUGGCAGAAAACACUCGAUGCUAUUAAGAAGGUUACUGAAAUUAAGGAACGUCGACAAGACAACUUUGUCUUGCAACGUUUGCGCAAGGGUCGUGAAGUCGAAAUACAGAUGGACGUGAAAGACGUACAGCGCAACAUAUCAUUAAUUCGUUCUCCAGCAGCUGGUCUUAAAGAACGUCGCGCGAAGGAAGAAGCACAAGAAGCUGCACUUAUGGAUGAAGAUUUGCCCGAAGAAGAAAUUACAUACGUUGAUGCUCGCGAGCUUGAAAAGAAACUGGAAGAAGGCGCAACUAUGGAGGAUAUUGAGAUGAUGAAAGCUUAAGUUGGGGACAAAGAGUGUUAUGGGGGUCUAGUUAUAAGUCGUAUAUUACCCUGUUUUCAUUUCUAAGAAUAUUUCUAUGAUUUCAUUAAAAUGUAUAACAAAA